AUACAAACUUCCAAACCCCAUCUUCUUCACCGCUGUACUCGAGUCUCGGGUAGUGCUGACUAUUGCAUAGAAUGCAUAGUAUUGAUAUGAAUACCUAGAAGCUUCUUGUCAUCGCUCGAUCGCUCGUUCGCUCGUCUUCUUAUGUUAUGUUAGGUACAUUGAGCCACGGAGCUCACAGUCAGAUGCGCAGCAAUUAGCACCAUGCAGUCGACUAAUGGUGGUGGGCGAACCAAUACGAAGUGCUAUACGAAGUACUGUGACUCGCCAAUACAAGACAUUUCUUCUAUGUCCCCCACUACCUAUUUUGACUCUUUUCGUAGCCGCUUUCGGUAAACUUUAGGCGCUUCAACAUUACUCAGUCUCAGUUUCAGACUCAGUUCCAAGUUCGAUCUUGGAAGUUAAAACUAGGCGCAAUGGCUUCCCCAAGACCUGGCGUAGAUUUGGAGAAGGAGUUGACCUGUUCUAUUUGUACCGAUAUUCUAUACCAACCCUUAACCCUACUCGACUGCUUGCACACAUUUUGCGGCUCUUGUUUAAAGGACUGGUUCGGAUGGCAACAAACUGUAGCGGAAAACUCACCCAACCCUCCAACCCCCGGCUCUCAAAGAUUCACCUGUCCAUCUUGUCGUGCCUUCGUUCGUGAUACUCGCCACAAUGCUACCGUCAACACUUUACUCGAAAUGUACCUGUCUGCGAACCCAGACAAGGCUAGAGCGGAGGACGAGAAAGAAGAGAUGCGUCAGAAAUAUAAACCUGGAGAUAAUGUCUUGCCACGGGUGCGCGUGCCUUACAAGUCGCCCGAAGAGAGGCGGUUAGAGGAAAUCGAGAGGCAGAUGUUGGAAGAAGCACGUCAGAUGAGCUUGCAUGAUGCUGGUGUCGAUGCUGCAGAAUCAUCCAGGGCGGGGCGGUAUCGCGAUUAUAAUCGGACCGAAGAUAGGAGGGGCAGGUCGGACAGAGACAGUAGCCGGGAGGCCCGGCGUCGGGAUACGCACGAUCGCGCCCGGAGAGAUGAUGAGCACAGACGUCGGGUUGAUUCGACCGGCAUGUUGCAACCCGAUCUAUCUUCGGAUGAACGACGACGUCAUCGCAGCGAAUCACAACAUCGCUCGCGUGAUUCAUCCCAAAUCAGGAGGAGACAAGUAGAGCACCAGUCAUCCAUAAGGUCGUUGAUUAGCUCAUCCAAUGUCGAUUUUCGUGAUAUAGAACGAGAAAUAGAAGAGUUUGCUCGUCAAAUACAGGAAGAAGGUCUCUUAGACGGUUUAGACUUAGACAACAUCGACCUAGCUCAAAAUGAUGAUCUGAGCCGAAAGAUCACCGAAGCGUAUCGACGGAGGCAGAGGGAACGAGCCCGCACCAACCAGUCUAUCCAACAGCCUAGGAUGAGCGAUCCCGGCAUCGCAUCUCACCGAUCUAAACAAGCAUCUCCUUCGCCACGACCUCUUUUGACGGACGCAUCUCGACCCAAUAGUCGACCUAGGUCAAGUUCAGCAACCAGUAGACCACACACUAGUCAAAGCCAGGUGGACGACCGCAGCCGCCCUCCCAUCACGUCAACGCACCUUGAAGUUCGUGCAGAUCCAGAAAGACGACAUAGGAGGAGGACAUCCAGCGGUGCGAGAAGUGCAACAGAUCCUACUCGACCAAGGACGACCGAGACGACUCCGGCAGCAAGAUCGCAGACUGACUUAGUUUCAAGACAACAGACGAGCGAUCCAUCAUCUCGUCGCCCUUCCAUUUCGGAUUCAAGAAGCGCCAGUAUGCCUACCUCAGCCUCAGCUGUACAGCUGACGACAACCGCUUCGGUUACCGAUCCCCGGCCUAGAGAUUUAUCAUUCAGUGGACGGGCAUCUGCUGCUCAGAUCCCAUCAGCGCCCUCCCCAGAACUCCAGUCUGAUGAUUCCGGCAAAGAACCCCCCAAGCGAGCGCGACGGCCAUCAAGUCUUGUAGUCGCACCGCAAUCCCCCCUACCUAGCCUUGGGCUUAUAUCAUCGUCUACACAUCAAACACAUCACCACCGAACGCGAUCUCAAUAUUACGAGGAACCCUCAAUCACGUGUUCACGUUGCAGGCGACCGCAUAUCGAAUACGAACUUCAUUACAACUGUUCAAAGUGUGCCAACGGCCAAUGGAAUAUCUGCUUAAGUUGCUAUCGGAGUGGGAAAGGAUGUAAUCAUUGGUUUGGUUUUGGAUAUGCGGCUUUCAAAAAUUGGGAAAGAGCUCGAGCAGAUGACCAUGAGGAUUUGGAACCGCCACACAUGCUGACUACAUGUCGAUAUAGACAGCCGAAAUAUGUACCUGGCGGAGCGGAAGGACGAAGAACGGUCACGACGGAUGACCCGGUUAAUCGCUUAGAGAGCGGCAUGUUCUGCGCACGAUGCUUCUCCUGGUCGAAUGAGUGCUUCUGGCGAUGCGAAUCCUGCAACGAAGGCGACUGGGGUUUCUGUAACAAUUGCGUGAACACGGGCAAAUGUUGCACACAUCCACUUCUUCCUCUAACUUACGUCGCACCCACAUCGAGCCCUCAUACUCCACCUACCAGUCCUCGAAUACCGAAACGCCCGCGAGGAGCCACAUUAUUCACAGGACCCAACUCCGUUAAUCUUGGGAGCUUCAAGUCACUUACAUUCACGAUGACAUGCGACAUUUGUCGGGAGGCUAUCCUACCUCAUCAUCGCAGGUACCACUGUCCGGAGUGCACUAGCACGGCCUACCCAGACGCACAGAAAGGCGAAUACGAAAUCUGCGUAGACUGCUACGCGAGCGCGGUCCACAACAAGCGCAUAUCCGAUGAAAACGGGCACGCGGGCUGGCGACGCUGUCUAAAGGGCCAUCGGAUGGGCAUCGUCGGGUUCACAGAAGGCUCCCUCGGACAACGACGCAGCAUCUUCCGCGAUAUAGUGGGCGGCCGCAACCUACGCAUGGAAUCCUACGAGGGCACCGCUAGUCCGAGCGAGGAGGAGCCACGUCGCGGGGAAUCGCAUCUGCAGAGGUGGAGCUGGAAGACUGAGAACGGAUCGAGGCUGGAGAAGUUCGUCGCGGCCGAUGUGGCGGAUACGGCGCCGUCGUUGGGCACGGAGCUUUUCCCGCCGGAUGGCGGCGCGGGGCUUAAGGCUAUUGCGAGGUGGUCUUGGUACCCGAAGGCUGGGACUGUGGAUGAGUUGUUGUUUCCGAAGGGCUCGGAGGUCAGGGAGGUCGAGGAUGUUAAUGGGGAGUGGCUUUUUGGGAGUUAUAUGGGCGCUGAGGGAUUGUUUCCGGCGCCGUAUGUGAGGAUUAUCGAGUAGUGAUAUUCUGUGGAGGGUAUGGGGAUG